AUGAAUCAACGAACUACUGCUGCAGUUCGAACACCAGCCGGAUGUACAACAACGUUUGAGGUGGUAACUGGAGUAGGACAAAGGGCAGUGGCAGGACCCUUCCUGUUCAAUUUCGCCAUCGACGACAUUAUGCAAAGAACAAGAGACCAGUGUCCUGCCCAUAUCAUUCUAGCACCAUCAGGAUGCCCUUUGACCGAUCUCGGGUGCGUUGAUGAUAUUGUUUUAUUCACGGAAAGCAUUACGAAACUUCAAUAUGUUAUCAACCUUAUGUCGAAGUUGGCUACAUCCUAUGGACUACGUCUACGCCCUGAUAAGUGCAAGCAGACGAGGAUCUCUAAGAGAAGAUAG